AUCAAACAUAAGCUGAUAAACAACAAGCAAGCUCUAAAUACACCAUUAAUGGAUAACACAUUUGCAGAGCUUGUGUUCAUCCCCGCACCAGCAGUUGGUCAUAUAAUGUCCGCCAUGGAGAUGGCAACAGUACUCGUGAACCGUCAUCAAAGCCUCUCUGUAACCGUUCUUCUCAUGAACCCUCCUUUAUCCGUCUUGGCUCUCACAACCUACAUCGAAUCGUUGGCUAAAAAAGCUAUCAAACGCAUUCGAUUCAUCAAACUCCCUCAAGAUCAAACACUACCAAAACUCGAUUCCAAAGCUCCCUUUAUGUCCUUCUAUGAGUUCAUCAACAGUCAUUGCAAAUACGUCAGAAAUAUUUUGGACGACAUCAUAAAUCAAACUGGUUCACGUAGGGUGGUUGGUUUGAUCGUUGACAUAUUAUGCACAGGCAUGAUAGAUGUGGCUAAUGAAUUUAAUCUUCCCACAUAUGUGUACUUCACUUCAAGUGCUGCUUUUCUUGGCUUUAAGGUGCAUUUCGAGACACUAUAUGUGGAUCAGAAGCAAGAUCUUAUGGAGUUGGCUAACUCGGAAGGUGAGAUAGUUAUUCCAAGUUUUGUUAAUCCGGUGCCCAUGAGGGUUUUUCCGGAGCUGUACCAGAAACAAGACGGGUUGGACUUUCUUAUUUGUGCUAUUGGGAGAAUGAGAAAGGCUAAAGGGAUCUUGAUUAAUACAUUCUUAGAGUUGGAAACACACGCGAUCAAUUGGUUUUCGGGCACUAACUUCCCGCCCUUGUAUCCGGUGGGACCUCUACUCAAUCUAGACGGUGUAGCUGGAAAAGCUGAUGACACGGAUGUGUUUAGGUGGUUGGACAACCAACCACGGGCGUCAGUGGUGUUGUUGUGUUUUGGGAGUAUGGGAUGCUUUGAUGAAGCCCAAUUGAAGGAGAUUGCACGUGGUUUAGAACGAAGUGGUCAUCGUUUUGUGUGGUCCGUACGUCGACCUCCUCCACUAGAGCAAUCAUUUGAAGUGCUCCCAGAUGAUUAUGAUGACCCGAGAGUAGUGUUGCCAGAUGGUUUCCUCGAGCGCACAUCGAGAGUAGGGAAAGUGAUUGGAUGGGCCCCACAGGUGUCAUUGUUGGCACACGAAGCAGUGGGGGGAUUCGUGUCCCACUGUGGGUGGAACUCGAUGCUAGAAAGCUUGUGGUUUGGUGUACCAACUGCUACAUUGCCGAUAUAUUGUGAGCAACAGAUGAAUGCGUUUGAAAUGGUGGUAGAUCUGGGACUAGCAGUUGACUUGAAAUUGGAUUAUAAGAUCAAUGUGAUAAAUCCGGAGGGGGAUAUGGUCAUUGUGAUGGCAGAUGAGAUAGAGAGGGGGAUAAGAAGUGUAAUGGAGGAUAACGAGGUGAGAGCAAAAGUGAAAGAGAUGAGUAAAAUGAGUAGGGCAUCGGUGGUUGAGGGUAGUUCAUCAUAUACUUCGGUUGGCUACCUCAUUAAAGAUAUGAUGAGAAAUAUCAUAUAUGUUUGAGUAUUGUAAGGGUUACUAAUUUACUAUUAGUGAUAUCCUAAUGUUUUCUGGUAGGAAGCAAGGCCGAAAAUGCAAAAUUGCAAGUUUUAUUUUUACGUGUAUUUAAAUUAUUUCAUGCUUGUGACUUA